CCAGCAGAAGUGUCCUGAGAAGAGUCUGAACCAGGAUGCGUCUCUCCUCAGGGUCUGUGCCCUGGCCCCAGGCGGAGCCACCCAGGUCACCAUGAGAGAGACCUUCGAGGCCCUCAGCUCCCUGGGAUUCUCCGUGGGACAGUCAGAGAUGGCCCCCCAAAGCGAGCCUGGGGAAGCGUCCCAGAAUGCCCAGCCACGGGUGUUCCCCCCCAGGGAGGAGAGAGCACCCGGCUUGUGCUCGGGGUGCCAGGGCCCCCCGCCCGAGGAAGGCAGCCACGCGGAACAAGCCGAGGCUCCCUGUGGGGGGGGCCAGGCGCACACCCCGCGGAAGGCAGAGGCCACAGACCCAGGCUGCUGCCCAGGACCUGCCCUGACCGUUGACUCCUCAGGGCUCAGCCGCAAGUCGCACCUGGGCCGCCACCAGGCGGUGCACACGGGCAGUCGCCCCCACGCCUGCGCCGUCUGCGCCCGCAGCUUCAGCUCCAAGACCAACCUGGUGCGCCACCAGGCCAUUCACACGGGCGCCCGCCCCUUCUCCUGCCCGCAGUGCGGCAAGAGCUUCAGCCGCAAGACUCACCUGGUGCGGCACCAGCGUACCCACGGCGACCCCGCGCACCCCGCCGACCCUGACCUCGCGGCCCCAGGCUGGCCCCCUCCCACCGAGGGCACCGCGCCCCCGCUCUUCUUCUGA